AUUUUGAAAGACCUACACAGUAAAUAUAAGGCGUACUCGCCCGCUAACUUUUAUGCAAUGUCUUCUUUUUCAAAGCGCAAAAGAAAAACCCGGAACACCAGGUGUACGUUUUUUCCGAAGAACCUGAAAGAAAGUUUUCAUAUGAAGAGACCAGGUGAGCCAUCCAAAGCUACAAAAUCAUGGGAACGAUGCGGAGACAGCUUCCAGGACACAGCUGUGAUUAAGGCUACAGGAAGAACAUGCAGAGCUGUGCAGCAUUUGCAGCAGCCCUCCGUAUCAGGAGAAAAGGAUUCUGUCCAUGUUUCUUGGAGCUCAAGUGAAGAGGAGAAGUCUGACAGUGAAAGCCAACUGCAGCACUCUGUCUCUGCCAGAAAGUUUUCUCAGCUCUGCAAACCAAAGACUAGCACAAGGGUCAGCAAAUAUUGCCGUUUUCUCAGCACAGGAGCAGACACAGAUGAGCUUCCCACCAUAGAUUCAGGAAGUGAGCAUGAAGAAAAUUCUACUUCAGAGGAAACAAUACCUGUGGUGAUGGCUGAAAUUUCAGACUACUCUUCAGAUAAUGAGGGCACUUCGGAGUGCAGACAAAUAGACUCUUCUACUCCAGGACCUCUAGAGCAACAGAGAUCUGAGUGGGUUCGCUCUGCACAAGCACUGCUACAGACACCUCAAAAACAAAUCGAUCAAACCACAAAGACGCCUGAGGACUCUGGCAAAAAGCGGUGCAAGUUUGAGAGUCGGGGUCUUGCAGAAAGACUGAAUAGGCUUCAGUCUAGACAGAGAUCAGCUAUAAGCUUCUGGCGUCAUCAGUCAUGGUCAAACAUUUCCAUGGCUACAGAAGAAAGACCAGGUGUAUUAGUGCUGCUUGUGCGGGAUAUGUGGGAAGUUUGUGGAAUGCUAGCCGCACUGUGUGAAAAACAUGUAGAGAUUGUCCACAUGGGUGGAGAGCCCUGUAUUGCUCUUUUCACCAAGGAUACAGCUACUCAUCUGGCACCCAAUAUGGGUGACACAAUCUAUGUCUGUCCACCAUGGCAAAGUCUGAUUGUUGAGGAAGAGCGACAUCCCAUUAUCCUCAAUACACAUUUUAGCCAAAAGGUUUUAUUAGAGGAUAAGCAGGAGAACAGCAUGUCCUUCUCUAAAGCCUUGUUUCCCAAGUAUAAGACCAGACCAUACCCUUUAACCAUGUGCUUAAAGAAGAGGGAACCCAAUCUUAAGUCUUCAGAGGCAUUAAUCUCUAAUAAGCUGGCCAAUAAGGAUUCAGGAACUGUAAUUAAAUCGCUUCUGGAGGCUUGUGGACCCUCAGGGUUUCAAUGUGGACUUGUUGAGCUGGUGGUUCAGAGGGUCUAUUUCUCAUCUGUCACACACUCCUCUCUCACAACCUCACUUGGACACAGAAUGCUCAGCAAGUGUCUCCCUGGACCAAAACAGCAGCAAAACAUUGGCAGGUUUUGUAUGCUGGUUCAAGAUGUUUAUGGUAUGUUCGGUGAGGUAGAGUUACAGGAUGUGUCUUCAGAGAAGGAGCUAAAACAUUGGACAGAGCAGAUGGAAGGAAGAGUAUGUAUAAUGCAGGGACUGAAGGUGCUGCAUCGGCUUACUCGAGAGAGCUGUACUGAGCUCUUCGGUAUGAUUGACAGUUUGUGGCCACCAUUGGUUUCUCUAGAUGCUUAUGGAGAGGGUCCAUGUCAGACUGUUAAAGUCCCAGCACCCAGCUUUUGUUACAGGCUGACUGGACAAUGUACCUGUGUAUUCCCUCAACACAAGUCACCAUUAUAUCACCCACCUGUAAUGCAGACUCUCAGAGAGAUCAUGCAGGGUGAGCCCACAAGUCGUCGGUGCAGUUUCAGUGCUACAUUGGUUUAUAAGAGAGAACAGAAAAUAGGAGAGAAGAAUCUCUUGCUGUUUGUGACAGACUUGAGCCUGCAGGAUGAGCAGAGCUCACUGAGCGCUAGCAAAACGCUGCCUUUAUAUGUGAGUCCCUCUUGCUUUCUUCAAAGCUUUGUCAGCCAGGCCAUCACCACCCCUGAACUCAGACCAACAUUAAUCUUCAGAGAUGCUUUAAUAGAGCAGGGUCAGAUAUUGUUAUGUGGGGAGUCUGUAGUCCAGCUAGACUUAGAGCACAUGCCAACUUCAAAUACUUUACUGCCUCGCUCUGUUCUACUAGAUGAGUUGAGCCUAGAGAGCCCACCUCGUUCUCUCUGCACCCUAACAGGAGUGGUGGUUGAUGUGGACGAGAACUCUGCUUUCUCAUGGCCUACAUGCUGUCAGUGUGGAAGUGACUGCUUAGAGGUGGUACAAAAUAAACAGGAGGAAUUUCUUUGUGUAACAUGUGGAGUAGAGGAGAAACCAGCAAUAAAGAUGCAGCUUGAAGUGUAUAUCAGCUGCCCCUUUUUAAUUAACUGUACUGUAAAAGUUAAGCUACAACAGAAAACCAUCAUGUCCCUUCUGAACUCAACAGGAUGUGCUAAGGGAUAUGAGGUGGAGCGUGUUCUUGGGAAGAAGGUAGGCCCUCUGAGUGCCUUUAUUCAUGUUAUCAGCAAGUGUUCAAACAUAUGGAUGGGUUUGGAGGAGAUAACACUUUGACCUGACCACCUUUUUUUUCUUUUUUUUCUUUUUUACCACAUACAUCACUGGUUUGUUCAUUACCUAAAGGAAUUGCCUCUUGAUAAUUGAAUUAAAUGUUGGGAGUUUUCUUGGACCAAGCAGCACACCUAAAACAUUCGUACUUCACUUUUCCUUCUCUGAUUAUCUGCUGCAAUGUAACUUGCAUGUUGAUGUUUCACUUUGUAUUUUUCUACACUCCUGCUGAAAUAAAUUACAUGAUGGUUCCAAGCAAAA